UGUCCGCGGGGCUCGGACGCGUCCAGACCGGCCGGGGCCGCGGCGGACCUCGCGGGCGGCGCCAUGAGCCGCAGCCUGGACGCGGCGCGGAGGUUCCUGGACUCGCUGGCGGCCCGGGGCGGCCGGGAGGGGACGGUCCUCGCGGGCGAGUUCAGCGACAUCCGGGCCCACUCGGCCUCCUGGAAGACGGACCUGGCGUGCUCCACGGAGGCAGGCAGUAGGCCUGAGAACGUGAGCAAGAACCGCUACAAAGACGUGCUCCCGUACGAUCAGACCCGCGUGACCCUCUCCUUGCUCCAGGAGGAGGGACACGGCGACUACAUCAAUGGCAACUUCAUCCGGGGCACAGACGGAAGGCAGGCCUACAUCGCCACCCAGGGCCCCCUGCCUCACACCUUGCUGGACUUCUGGCGCCUGGUCUGGGAGUAUGGGGUCAAGGUCAUCCUGAUGGCAUGUCGAGAGGUGGAGAACGGGCGGAAAAAAUGUGAACGUUAUUGGGCCCAAGCCCAGGAGCCGCUGCAGGUCGGGGGCUUCUGCAUCAACCUGACAGAAGAGACAUGGCUGAAUGUGGACAUCAUGCUCAGGACUCUGCAAGUGACCUUCCAGAAGGAGUCCCGCCGUGUGCACCAGCUGCAGUUUGUGUCCUGGCCAGACCGCGGGGUCCCCAGCCAGCCGGAGCACGUCCUUGCCAUGGUGGAGAAAGCCCGCUGCCUGCAGGGCUCUGACCCCGCCCCCCUGUGCAUCCACUGCAGCGCCGGCUGUGGGCGGACUGGGGUCCUGUGCACCGUGGACUAUGUGCGCCAGCUGGUCCUGACGCAGACAAUCCCACCCAACUUCAGUCUCUUCGAAGUGGUCCUUGAGAUGCGGAGGCAGCGGCCGGCUGUUGUCCAGACCGAGGAGCAGUACCGGUUCCUGCACCAGGCGGUGACCCAGCUGUUCGACGCCGCGCUGCAGGAGGCCAGCCCCCGUUACCAGAACCUCCAGGUGAACUGCGCCCCGCACUACGAGGACAUCAGCUCCCUGCACACUUCCCCGGCCCUUCUCCGCGCGCCCGACCUGCCCGGCGGAGUCCUCAGGAGCGUCUCGGCGCCCCGGACUCCGGGCCCGGCCAUGGCAGACACCUACGCGGUGGUGCAGAAGCGCGGGAGCGUCGGCGGGACGCGGGCGCGCGGCGGCGGGGACGGGGACGUGGACGCGCUCUACAGCCGGGUGGCGCGGCGCGCGCGGGACCCCCAGGCGCCGGCCGAGGACCCACCGGGGGCGCCGCCCGGCCGCGCCGCCAGCACCCAGAGCCUGGCUGCGGGGGGCACUUAUGAGGACGUGUCCGGCGGCGUGCACCCCGGCAAUCUGGGUUUCAAUGUGCGCAUUGGAAAGCCCAAAGGGCCCCGUGACCCCCCUGCGGAGUGGACACGUAUGUGAGCUGCUGGCCCCCAGCCCCUGCCGGCGGCUUCUCAGGGGGCGCCCGGACCGCCGCCCUCUGGCUGCCCGUGGGAACAAGGGUGUGAGCGGAAUAAAGUUUCUUAGGGUGGGAACCCCUGCAGCGUCGCCCCCUGACUGCAGCGUUGAAGGUAGAGAGGCAGCUACCGAGAGGGCUGGCUUGCGGUGGAGAGUGGCGUCCCCCCCAACGGAGAGUGACCGCCUCCCCCAGACCACCCAGAGGCCGGGCUCGUGUGCGAGGUGGCUGCACGGAUGAGUCCACCACCUUCGGUUCCAUUCCAGGACCUGACUCUCCGCACAGGUCGAGACACACCCUAGAUGAGCAGGUAGACAGCUCACACAAAGCUGAUGGACGCUGCUGGACCACCAGCUGCACAGUGGGAUACGGCCCUCAGCCAGGGGAAAGGGUGAUUCCCUGGGAUAGAUCUCCAGCCCCCAGCACACUGACCCCGGGCCUCGCACACACAGCCCUGGAGCUGACAGGUGCACAGGCUGACAGCUUAGCAGGCAAGUGUGAGAAUGACAGAUUGCCUGACCCAGUGCACAGACCGGCAGACUGAGGCACUCCUGAGCCGGGGAAACAGUGCUCAUCCUGGAGCACACGCCUGGUGUGUGGGGAGCCUGGCUCCCAUCUCUCACAUCAUAUGGUGUCCCCGAGCGUGAGUGCGUGUUCACAGAACGGUGGGUGCACACCGCGUGCUUUUGGUGGUCAGGAGCCGCUUCCCCACCCUGCCUGGCUGAUGGCGAUGGGCGGAGGAAGGAGCAAGCGAGGGCCAGGCCGGCUGGUGACUGUCACCGCUUAUUCCAGUCUAGUCCCCCUCUGCCUCCUUCCAGUUUCACCCACUGCCCGAAUUCCGUCUCCACACGCCCACUCUCAUGGCCCGAGUUACAGAGCAGAUCAUGAAGAGUGUGUGUGUGUGUGUGUGUGUGUGUGUGUGUGUGUGUGUGUGUGUGUGUGUGGAGGGGGUAGCAACUAACACACAGGUGUGGUCAUGCAAUCAACAGAUGUAAAGUUGUUUCCUCCUGGGGGAAGCUUCUAGGACAAACUCGCACCCACAAGGUGAUCCGCCGAAGGGCGAAAUACCACCUAGGGGUGUAUUUCUCCGUGCCUUAGCCCAUAUCUGUUUAAACAGUCAUUUUAUUUAUUUAUUUAUUUAUUUUGCUUUUUGGGUCACACCCAGUGAUGCACAGGGGUUACUCCUGGCUCAUGCACUCAGGAAUUACUCCUGGCGGUGCUCGGGGGACCAUAUGGGAUGCUGGGAAUCGAACCCGGGUCAGCCACGUGCAAAGCAAAUGCCCUGCCCGCUGUGCUAUUGCUCCAGUCCCUCCAGUAAGGACUUAAGGGAAAGAGAAAAAGCAAUAUUUCACUUGCAUGGACAAAAUCCAGAGCCCUUAGAAGAACCUGACCUGACAAGUCACAGGGUCUGACUUGGGGAUAUAGUGAUAAACAGAUGGGGGAAGCAGAGCACAGAGGAGAAGUUAAAGAUAAACACAAAGGAAUGAGAGUGCCUCAGGAGCACUGUGAUGUGAGUAACCCAGGAAACCUAAACUUGCGGCAGAGGAGAAAGGACGAACCAGUGUUACACCUAAACUAUUUAGAACCAUAGUCCAACACAUGAGGUGUUUUGGGAGCAACCCUAGAGCAACAAACUGAGAGUAGGCCCUGAGCACUGUGGGAUGACCCUCCCCCACCACCCCACAGAGGCAGGGGGUGGGGAGGGGUGGGGGUGUCGAGAGGGAUACUGGGAACAUUGGUGGUGGAGAAUGGGCACUGGUGGAGGGAUGGGUACGCGAUCAUCGUUUGAUUGAAACGUAAUCACAAAAGCUUGUGAGUCUGUAACUGUAUCUCAAGGUGAUUCAUUAAAAUUUAAGAAAAGAAAGAAGGGGAAGAAGGGAGAGAAAGAGAGAACACGAGGUUCUCCAACAGUGGAGCGUACCCCUGCACACAGCCCAACGUCAGGUAUCAAAGCAUGGAAAGUACACAUCUCCAGAGGGGAGACGUGGGUCACACGUGUGCUUGGGCACUACAUUACAUGACACAGGGCAGCAUAUGAGUGCUUCCUUUGUUCAAGUCAGCCUUUAUCAGUUUCUCCCAAGCUCCCCUGCACGGGGCUUUCUGUUGCUAAGGGUCCUUGCCAAGGGGUAGGUAGAGUUGGGAUUAAUGGACGGUCUUUGAAAUUCCUUUCUUGCUGCAGUUUCUCUAGUGGGGGACCAGUGGUCAGUGUCACAGGUUCUUAAUCAGGCCUUAGUUUCUGUGUCCACAAGGUGGGUCCCAGGUUCUUAUCAGGCCUUAGUUUCUAUGUCCACAAGGUGGGUCCUGCCGGCCUUGGGGCUAAAUUGGUUUCAUUACUUCCCAAGAAUUCCAUUGCUAUGGGCCCUUCCCUGUCACUGUCUACCUCCCUUCAAUCCCUGGCGUCACAUAUGAUCACAUCUGAGCACAUCCAUGUGCUCGGCCGUCUGUGCGCCCUUCCUUUGUUCAAGGUGGCUUUUGUAGGGUUUCUCCAACCUGCCCCCUGUGGGCCUCUGCCUAGGUAAAAGUCUGUGGCUAAGGAGGUUGCCCAGGAGGGUAGGGCUGGGAGUGGUGAUGGUCUUCUUUGAAAUUCCUUUCCUGGCCUUUUGUUCCUGCUGGAGCUUCUCUGGGACAGGGUCUUUCAAGCCUUAGUUCCGGUUUUCUGCAAGGUUGGCUUUUGCAAUUUCAGGGCUAUUAUUUCCCUGAAGAAAUUUACUGCCGUAGCCUUGGGAGGGGCUUCCCUAUCUGCUGCCUGCCUACAUCGUAUCUCCAAGGUGUGUCAGAUUUAGGACUGGUGGCUUUAUUACUUCCAGAAAUGUCAUUGCCAUGACGUAACCUACCUGCCUACAUCAGGGGCAGUGACCAGAGGUUCCCGAAUGGCAGACUGCAGUGGGGAUCACAGCUUCCUGUUUCCUGGACCAGGGUUGGGCUGUAACAUUUUUUUUUUUUAAUUAAUCACUGUGAGAUACAGUUACAGACUUACAAACUUUCGUGCUUACCUUUCAGUCAUACAAUGAUGGAGUACCCAUCCCUCCACCAGUGGCCAUUCUCCACCACCACUAUUCCCAGUAUUUCCCCCUCCAUCCUCCACCUCUGUGGCAGGCACAUUCUCUUUUUCUCUCUCCUUUUGGGUGUUGUGGUUUGCAAUACAGGUAUCAAGCGGCCAUCAUGUUCGGUCUAUAGUCUAUUUUGCUAUAACAGGUUAGCAUGGAAAUUUAUUACAUGUAUCUUUGGGCAGAGAGUCUCUUGCCCGCACGCCUGGCUGUCUUCCCCGGGGCCCCUCGGAGGGGAUGGGCUCCAGCUUCUCUCCCCACCCUGAGCAGAGCUCCCGGUGGCCGAAGACCACCGGAACCUAGCCACAGCCAUGCUCGAGGCCCCUCUCCACACGUUCGGACAGGCCUCACGCAUGAAGGUACCGGCAGAGGAACCCAGGUGUGUGUAAUCCCAUCAAGGGCCAAUAUCCAGAGACUUAAAAGCAAGCUCCCAGAAGUGAUAUCUUAUAAGCGAUAUCUUGUAGCCUACUUCUCCCUCUGGGAGAAACUGGCAAGCUUCUGAGAGUUUCCUGCCCACAUGGGACAGCCUUGCAAGCUUCCCAUGGUGUAUUCAUAUGUGAAAGCCAGUAACCAGCUGGAUCCCAUUCUCCUGACCCUGAAAGAGCCUCCAGUGCGACAUCAUUGGGAGGGCCUAGUCGAGAUGGACUUCUAAGAUCUCAAGGAAAGGAUGAAUGGAAAGGUUACUGAGCCCGCGCAAGAAAUCAAUGAUUAACGGGAUUUUGUGAUCGUGAUCAUGAUCUUUGGUUUUAUACUUGAUUUAUAACAUGUACUCUAAAGAGAUAAUGUUGUUUGUGGGUGGAAAAAUUUAAAGAUGUGUUAGAGUGUGGAGUCGACCAUCCCUCACGGACAGAGAACAGGGCCGAUAAUGCAAAUCACAUAGCGAGGUCUAUUGUUCCAGCUAGCUGGGGUUCAAGUGUCUGCCCGACGCAGUGAGCUUCAACAA